AUGACUCAAGGAGACUUGGUAAUGGGGGUUAUCUUCCUCACUCAGACUACAGCAGGCAUCCUGGGGAACUUCACUCUCCUUUGUUUUUACAGCUACAUCCUGCUCACUGGACAGAAGGUGAGGCCCACAGACCCCAUCCUCAACCAUCUGGUUUUUGCCAACAACUUGGUUGUUUUAUCCAGAGGGAUACCUCAGACAAUGGCAGGCUUUGGAUGGAAGAACUUCCUGGAUGAUUCUGGAUGUAAAGUUGUUUUAUAUUUCUUCAGAGUAGCCAGAGGGGUUUCUCUGAAUGACACCUGCUUUCUGAGUGGCUUUCAGGUCACAAAGCUUUGCACUCAAAAUUCUUGGUGGAAGAUCAGCACUAGAUUCCCCAAAUGCUUUGGUAUCUGUUGUUCCCUUUUCUGGAUCCUGCAGCUCCUGCUAAAUGUUUAUGUGCCUCUGAACGUGACUGGCCCAAGAUACAAGCAAAAUGUAAGUCUGCAUAUGCAUUAUAGAUACUGUUCCAUAGUUCCACCACAACCAUUGGGCACUUUAUUACAUGUAGUCUUAUUCUUUUCCAUUGAUGUUAUAUGCUUGGUUUUCAUGAUCUGGGCCAGUGUCUCCGUGGUCCUUGUCCUGCAUAGACACAAGGAGAGGGUCCGACACAUUUACAACGCUUUUUCCUCCCGAAGACCUGACCACGAGUCCAGGGCCACACGCACCAUCCUGACCCUGGUGAGCAUUUUAGUCUCCUUCUACUGCCUCUCUGCCAUUUGCACGCUUUGUGUUGGUCUUAGUAGGAAGCCUGACCUGUGGCUAAUGGACAUUUCUGUGUUCCUGGGUACAGGCUUCUCCAUAUUGAGCCCCUUUGUGCUCAUCAGCCAAGACACUCGUGUCACUCAGGGCUUUUAUUUUAGCACUAAAAAACCAUCUUCAUAA